GACAAUUCGGUCUGUAAUCAUACGAGUGAUAACACUGAGGAUUCCCUGUGAAUGCGGCAAGGUGUACAUGGGAGAGACUGGAAGACCCAUGCAAGACAGAAUUAAGGAGCAUGAUCGAGACAUCCGACUCGCCCGUACCGAAACCUCCGCCGUUUCACAGCAUGCCCACAACACCGGACACAAGCCACUCUGGAACGAAGUUAAGUUUAUUGAUCGUGACCCUUAUUACUACACGCGCAGGGUCAAAAAGGCAAAGACUUCACCCUGACAACAUCAACAGGGAUAGUGGUAUAGAAAUUCUAGAAGCGUGGAUGCCCACGAUCAAAAAACACAACAACAGGAGAGCCGUGCGACAGCGGACCACCGAGGGAGCAAAUCACUGA